GUCAUCGAUGACCCAGUCUCUGGGCUGACCGUCCUUGACUUGCGUUCCCGAGUUGGGUGCAGCGGCUGUAAGAUAGGACUAUUCAUCACAUCCACCCGUGCUCGUCGGACCUCUCAGGAAUGCUUGACCAGUCCACCCAAUCAAGCCGUGUUCAGGACGGGGAUGUGCCCAUCGACCGCCCACUUGGCCGGCGGUCCCAUUCGCAACAUGACCUUUCGGCCAGAUAGUAAUGUCGAAUUCCCUGAACACAGGGAUGUUUGCACAGGGCACUCGGCCAUUACUUGGAGGAACCCCCUGUAACCACUAUCCGCUCCAGAUAUGCCUCGUUUCAUCGUUUCGAGUUGCAUCUCUGCGCUGCUCUUGGGCAUGGACGUGGCUUCUGCGGCGUCUUCGCCGAUAGUUCCACCAGCAUCGCUGGCAUCGAUGUAUGCGCUGACGGCCAGUACUGCCUUGCCCGUACCGACGUCCGCGCUAUCUGCGUCUGAUGCCGCAUCGUAUCUGGUGUCCUCUUGGGGUCUCAGUAACGGAAAGAUACAAAAUGGGGCAUCCAACCUUGCAUUCGUUGACGAUCCUUUCCCGAACAACUCUUCGACCUCUUUGUCCGACUCCGCCGAUGGCAAUACAACUUCGCCCGUCCUGCAAGUGACCUAUCCGGCAGGAAGUUACUCGCACGAUACUGGAGGCGCACAGUUCUACGCCCUGUGGAACACCUCUUCGAACAGCUCUGGGUCAGGCGAGAACUGGAACUCGAUGCUAGUGACGUACGAGGUAGCAUUUGACGCCGACUUUGACUGGGUCAAGGGCGGGAAGCUCCCUGGGCUGCGAGGCGGCCCAGACGUGUAUGGCUGUUCCGGUGGUGAGGCAGCGAAUGGUUCCAAUUGCUUCACCUCGAGGACAAUGUGGAGGACGGACGGAGACGGGGAAGUAUAUGCGUAUGCCCUCGAAUCAAAGAAGUUCUGCGACUCUUCGAAUGUGAUGUGCAACGACGAUGGGUACGGAACGAGCAUCGAUCGCGGAGCGUUCAGCUUCCAGUCAGGAGCAUGGAACCGAGUGACGAUGCUCGUGAGUUUGAACAACCCUGUCAACAAAGCGAACGGACAAGUAGCGCUGUAUUACAACAAUGUUCCAGCUAUAACGCUGUCGAGCCUGCAGUUCCGCAGUACCUCAGACAUCAAUAUCGGCGGACUAUUCUUCUCAACGUUCUUCGGUGGGAGUAAUUCCUCGUGGGCGACACCAAAUACGACGCACACAUACUUUCGCGGCUUCCAGAUGUGGGCCAGCUCCGCAGCUUCGAACGGAACCGCGUCUUCGGCGUUGAAGUGCCAACCAAGGAGAUGGGGCCCGGACUCGUUCAGCCUGAGCGUUGGCCUCUUGGUAUUCGUGUAUGCGAUGUUGUAGAGCACAUAUACAAGAUUCACCAGUAGCCUGUCAUAGUCUGUCUGCACGUACUUAGUGCCGUCACAUCGGAGACUGACCGUUGUCAGAGGUACACUGGCCCGCCGCGUGCGGUGCUGCUCUGAGUUUAUUAUAUGCUCAUGAUCGGGAUGCAGCUGCGACAGGUGGAAGCGUGGAAGCACAGAAUUGGGAUAAAU